CGCGUUGCCCGGCAGCUCCAGCCUAUGGGGGCGCGGGGCGUUGUCACGUGCCGGAGCCCCGCUCGCUGCUGCGGAGCCGGAGGCGCUGGACUGGGGGACGGAGCCGGGACCGGGCCGGGGGCUGCACUGGCGGCGGCAGAGAUCGGGGUGUUGUAUUGCAGAAAGCGACUCCCCGAGCAUCUCGCCUGUAUGAACUCUUGAGCUGGCAAGGGAUUGAGAGGCUUAUGAGGAGGUUCUGUCAGGCAAAAACAGUGCCUAGCAAAGAUACCGAGGAGGAGGGAAAAGGAGAAGGGGGAGGGGGAGCGGAGCUGAGACUCUAGCAAACCAUGAGAUCUAUCCGAUCUUUUGCUAAUGAUGACCGCCAUGUUAUGGUGAAACAUUCAACCAUUUAUCCAUCUCCAGAGGAACUUGAAGCUGUCCAGAACAUGGUGUCAACAGUCGAAUGUGCCCUUAAACAUGUCUCCGAUUGGAUGGAUGAAAUGAACAAGUCUGUGAAAAUCGAGGAAGACGGGGAAGCAAAAGAGGAAGCUGCAGAAAGUAAUGCCAAGGAUCAAGGUGGUCGGACCUUAUGUGGUGUGAUGAGAAUUGGUUUGGUUGCAAAGGGCUUGCUGAUAAAGGAUGACAUGGAUUUGGAGCUGGUUCUCAUGUGCAAAGAAAAACCCACAAAGACCUUGUUAUAUACAGUCAAAGACAAUCUCCCAAUCCAAAUUCAGAAACUUACAGAAGAGAAGUACCACGUGGAGCAAUGUGUGAAUGAGGCAGCUAUUAUUAUUCGUAACACAAAGGAGCCCACCCUAACACUGAAGGUGAUACUUACAUCUCCUCUCAUUCGUGAGGAAACUGAGAAGAAGGAUGGAGUAGAUAAUGUUGCGAUGAAAGAUCCUCCGGACUUAUUGGACAGGCAGAAAUGCCUGGAGGCCUUGGCCUCUCUGCGGCACGCCAAAUGGUUUCAGGCCAGGGCAAAUGGACUAAAAUCAUGUGUAAUUGUUCUACGUAUUCUGCGUGAUUUGUGCAACAGAGUCCCCACAUGGGCACCGCUAAAAGGAUGGCCACUAGAGCUUAUAUGUGAAAAAUCUAUAGGUACUUGUAAUAGACCCUUGGGCGCUGGGGAGGCCUUAAGACGAGUGAUGGAGUGUUUGGCGUCUGGAAUUCUGCUUCCUGGGGGCCCUGGCCUGCAUGAUCCCUGUGAGCGGGAGCCAACAGACGCGUUGUCCUAUAUGACAGUGCAGCAAAAAGAAGCCAUUACACACAGUGCUCAGCACGCGCUCAGGCUAUCAGCCUUUGGUCAGAUCUAUAAGGUGCUCGAAAUGGAUCCUCUCCCAUCAAAUAAAUCCUUUCAAAAAUAUUCCUGGUCAGUUACUGACAAAGAAGGUGCAGGCUCCUCUGCUCUGAAAAGGCCAUUUGAAGAUGGAUUAGGGGAUGAUAAAGAUCCAAAUAAAAAGAUGAAGCGCAACUUGAGGAAAAUCUUAGACAGUAAAGCAAUCGAUCUCAUGAAUGCUCUGAUGAGACUGAACCAAAUCAGGCCAGGGCUUCAGUAUAAGCUUCUGUCGCAGUCGGGUCCAGUUCAUGCCCCAGUCUUCACAAUGUCUGUAGAUGUUGACGGUACGACCUAUGAAGCAUCAGGACCUUCUAAGAAAACGGCCAAGCUCCAUGUGGCUGUGAAGGUAUUACAAGCAAUGGGCUACCCAACUGGCUUUGAUGCAGAUAUUGAGUGCAUGAGCUCUGAUGAAAAAUCAGAUACCGAAGGCAAAAACGAGACUGUCUCUUCAAACUCAAGCAAUAAUACUGGAAAUUCUACAAUUGACACCUCCUCUACCUUAGAGGUAAGAACUCAGGGCCCUAUCCUCACAGCAAGUGGCAAAAACCCAGUGAUGGAGCUAAAUGAAAAAAGAAGAGGUCUUAAGUAUGAGCUCAUCUCUGAGACAGGUGGGAGCCAUGAUAAGCGCUUUGUAAUGGAGGUAGAAGUAGAUGGGCAGAAGUUCAGAGGCGCAGGUCCAAAUAAGAAGGUGGCAAAAGCGAGCGCUGCUUUAGCAGCACUUGAGAAACUGUUUUCUGGGCCUAAUGCAGCCAACAAUAAGAAAAAGAAGAUUCUCCCUCAGACUAAAGGAGUUGUAAAUACAGCUGUGUCUGCAGCAGUCCAGGCUGCUCGAGGCAGAGGACGAGGCGCUUUAGCACGAGGGGCAUUUGUUGGGGCAGCCGCUGCUACUGGAUACAUAGCACCAGGCUAUGGGGCACCUUAUGGGUACAGCCCAGCUGCGCCAGCCUACGGUAUACCCAAGAGAAUGGUUCUGUUACCAGUUAUGAAAUUCCCAACAUAUCCUGUUCCCCACUACUCAUUCUUUUAGCAAAUGGCAGAAGCUAAUUCCUAUUGAUUGAACAACACAGUACAGUACAGAAUGUUAGAAGAGAAAAAAGCCUUUUUAUCCUGUUUUCUUUGAACACAUACUUGAGCAAAGUCAUUUGUAAAGAAACAUCUUUUCCUACUUUUUGAUUUUAACAAAAUGCAAAUUUAGUUCUCUAAAACUUGAAGAAAAAAAAUGUUCUGUGAAAUGUUACCUCAUUUUCAAUAACUUAUACCAGCCUUCUGUUAUAGGGAAGAACUAGAAGCUUAAACCUUACGUUUUAAAUGAAGUAUCCGAUUAUGUAAAAUUAAAUUUGUGAAGGAUGUAUAGAAUAUAAAACACUGAUCACAAAUAAACGGUUUUGUCGUAA